AUUAUGAUAAACCUGCAAUUAAUGUUAUUAAUCUUGUGCCAUCCCGUGGAAGUUCUGCGCCGUAGUAAUAUUUUUUGCUUCGCUACUAUUCAAUGAUUUAUUUUGCAACACAAUUUUCUUCUCCUCCCACGAAAAUGACAUCGACGGAGUUAGUUAAGAUCGAACAGACCCUUUUGGAUGUAUGUAUGAGUCGAAUUGGCUGUGAUCGCAGCGCCAAUAAUUUAUUCGUCAGCAAUGAAUUUGCCGAAGUUUUGUACAGCUUGAAAUCUGGAAGUACCGAGGUUCACUUGAUAGCAAAAGGAAAAGCGCAAGCCAAGAAAUGUAUCAGGGAAAUAGAUUAUAAAACUUCUUUAGAUUUUAUGCCGAUCGUUCAAUAAGAUUGAAUCAUCGGUUUUGUUACUGUAGCGAACAUCGUAAAUAUUGCCAAAUUCGACAGCGCUAAUAAAGUAGUUUUACUUUUAUAAAAAUCAGAAAUUCUAUCAGUCUCGCUGUCUUAGAUGCAUGACAAAAUUGUUUGGAUCAGCCGUAAUUCGGGUGUUUUAAAAUGGCUGAUAUUGAACGAUGAAUUCUUUGAGAUUCAAAGUUACUUGCUCCCGAUCAACGAAUCGUCGGAGUUAUGCAAUCUCGCUGCAGUUACAAACAACACUAGAACCCAGUUGCGGGAUCAGCUCUGCAUCGUACUCCAAACUAAACAGAGUUACGCAUGCACUGGUUAGCCUACUGUCAAUCUUUCAAUAUGAUGAAUAGAUUAAGAUAAAUAUACUGCAACAAUUGUUAAAAAUAUCAGAUUUAAAACAUGGAAGGGAAGCACCUUAGAACACGAGGAACAGAGGUUUGUGCAGUUUUUAAGGUUGAUAAGCGGUUUACUUAUACCUGUUUUGAAAGGUCUUUCUAAAUUUAUUUUUAGAGUUACGAUUCAAUAAACUAUUCGAAAGGUAGAAUUAUUUAUAAUGGAUUUAAUGAUGUAAUCAAGCUUUGUUGAAUUGAAUGUGAGUAUAACUAUAACUUACAACUAAAAUACCAUAAAUGCAAAUCUUCAUAAGUUCAAUUAGUUUGGCUAAUUUUUUAGCCUUUAUGGAACUGAUAAAAUGAUAAUCUUCUUAUUCUUCUUUCGUUUCUUGAAACCGUUAUAGUCGUCAAUCAACUUUUCGCGACUAUUUUACUCGUUAACUUGUGUGUCCUGAGAUUGGAGAUCGUGCAGGCUUCGCUGUUUCAAAUAGUGCAGUUUUUUCAACCAAUCGGGACUCAUUGAUGUUUCAUAAUAACUACAUGUUAAAAUUAGAAUCGAAAACCCUUAACGUCUGUGUGAAGUUGAUCCUUAGUGAAUGAGUGUAUCAUUUUUACGGCCGUUUAUUGCCAGUUAUGAGGAUUAUUAACUCCAAGUUAGCAUUUAAACACUGUUUUUCUAGUGCAAACUUUUCAAUACGUAAUUUAGACAUUUUUCUCUGCCAUUUUGAAUUUUGCAAAUCGCUAAUAACGAAUUUAUAAUCAGCGACCAUAAAAACCCUUGUAUGAAUCUUAUCAUAUACAAAUUCCAACGAACAAGAUAGUUGUGUCUGGAUAAAAGGGAAAUAUACGGCCUUGAACCGAUAUAUUGGACCCCGCUAUCUUGAAUUUCAUAAUCGUUAAUUAGAUCAUUAGUUUCCUGUUUUCCAUAUGUACAUGAUCGACAUCUCCGUACACGUGUAUGAUUUUUCAGAUAUACAAAGAAAUCAAUUUCUUACAAUUAGAGCGUUACUUUUAUAUCUUUGUGAAACCAAGAUCUUUAUGUGUUCUCAACUUAUCUAAGUUUGGGUACCUAUAUUACACAUAGUUCAAUUUUUUUGCUUACAAAAAAGAUAAGAUAAGUUUGCAUCCACUUCAGUUGAAUAAAUUCAAAUUUAAGUUGUCAACAAAGUAAAUUAUCGAUCGGCCUUCUCUUCUCCUCUUACCUCGUUUUGCCAAGAAUUUGGCCGCAUAUUGACGAGCGCGCUGUGCGAGACACACACUUGUCAGUUUCGAUCGAGUUUUGAAUUCUUCUGAUUAUCAUCAUCGUUUUUAUUCUCCGCUCCGUUCGUCACUUUUCCGGUGGAGUAGAAGGAAAUAUAAGAAGAAUUUUUAAUGAAUCAAUAAUCAGUUCUACGCUAAGCUCCGUAAGAUCAAGCUGUAUCUGUGCGCUGAGAUAUUUUUUUAAUCGAAAAAUCAUAAUCAUUUUCGAUGUUUCUUAGACAACGCACAUUUGUAAGAUGGUUGUGUACGCUAGUCAUCGCUAGUCACGCUGGAUUUGGAAAAUACAUGCGAGCUCCUAGAAACAAAGAUGGAAUACUGGUAUACACAACAGGAUCGGAAAUUAGAAAAAUCAAUUUGAGGAGUAAAAGGAACGAGGCGUUCGUAAGAAAUUCGAAGUAUCGGCCGGUUGGAAUUGCAACGUCGGCGGAUUCGAACGUAAUUUAUUGGUCAAAUAUAAACUCGAACGAGAAGGCAAUAAUGCGGAGUACGCUUGAUGGACGAUGCACCGAUGUAAUUUUAAACACGGGUCUCUCAGCACCCGAAAUAUUGGCAGUCGACUGGGUGACAGGAAACGUAUAUUUUGUCGAUACUUUUAAAAAGGAAAUUGGCGUCUGUACAGAGAAUGGUGCAAGCUGCACGAUAUUAUUCAAUUCGUCGAUUCUGGAUCGACCAGAGGCUUUGCUUCUUCAUCCGAUAGAGAGUGAGAUGUUUUGGAUCGAUAAUGGAAAAAUUCCUGCUUUAUGGAGAGCUGGGAUGGACGGAAAAGGAGCUAAAAUUCUAAUGACGGAACAUUUCGGUCAUCUAAAAGAUCUUGCAAUGUAUUAUCCGACAAAACAGUUGUACUGGAUCGACUCUAAGCAGAAGGGCAUAUUCACAAUGAGUCUCGCUCGAAAGCCAAAUAUAAAGUUUUUAGUUAGAGUGGAGGAUGCAAAGCUUCGUUCGUUAGCGGUAUUGAAGGACAAAUUGUAUUGGAGCGAGCGGAGCACUAAUAGAAUCAUGUCGUAUGAUUUUCAUGAACACACUCAUAAAAUCAUCGUGAUGAACGCGUCGAAAUUGAUUUACGAUAUGGAUAUUCAUCACCCUUCGUUAAAACCUCGAAUGUCGAAUCCUUGCAUGGGAAACCACUGCGAGGAACUCUGUCUGCUUGCCCUUCAUCGUAAAUAUACUUGUGCUUGCAAACUUGGCAAAGAGUUAAACUCGGAUUUGCACACCUGUAGGAGUGUUAACGUAAGCUCGUUACAUCUCGUGAUUAGUGCGAGUGACAAAAUUUUAUUCUAUCACGGAAAAGCUCUUGACCGAGUUCAGGUACAGGAACUCCCCACUUCGGUACGUAUCAGUCGAAUCAGUUACGAUCGUAGAUCUAAACAUUUGAUAGUUGACGAUCGAUUCACCAUUGCUCUGUACAGCUUUGAUCCCGUAAAUCGUGAGAUUCGAAAGAUAGCUGCACCGGUCUACAGCGAGCAUUUGGGUGGCAUUGAUACCAAUUUUAGAACCAAUACGAUUUCAUGGACCGUUGCUAAUGUUCGUCGCAUCGACCAAAUAAAUCUCAACACUGGUGCAAAAACGAACCACACUUUCGAAGAUGUACCAUUGAACAUUUUAAGUGUUCCUAAAUACGUGAAAAAAUUGGUCGUUUUCAAGUCGAACACUGAGAAAUUGCGUAUUGAUUGGUUGAUUCUCAGUAAGCCGCAGAAAGCAAUAACCAUCAUUUCCGACUUGGUUGGUCCUAAAAUAUCUUUAGCUUACGACAAAGAUUCUGAGAGAGUGUACUUCGCGGAUGAGGGGGCUGGGAAUAUCGAGUCUUUCGUGAUCGAUCGCAAUUGCUCCAACUCCCAUACUCAUUGCUAUUUUAACAGACAGCGCGUAUGUUCAAAUAUCGGAAAACCUGUCAGUCUGGCUAUUUGGAAUAGAAAACUCGUUUGGACUUCUCGUCGAUCAAAUAUUCUACAAUGGGUUGACCUAAAUGAUGAAUAUCGAUAUGUUCAAAGUACGAUUCUUCCAAUACAGAAUAAUACCGUUGAAAUACUGGACAUUAUUGCAGCUAAUAUCAGAAUCCCAAAAUAAUUAUCAGCAACCAUCAGUCAUGGGUCAAUCGCGUCCAAUGUUCGGUGGAUUUCGAUGAUUAAUAUCGUGCAGUUUACCGUGUGAUGAUCGUUCCGCCGGAUAAUAUUGUUAUCAUAAAGGAUAUGAACAUGCUGGCAUCUAAACACUCGAAUCGAUCAUGGUCCCGCUACAUACUAUAACCAUAUGAAAGUUACCUUUUUUCUUCGAAUGCAUAUUCUACUUGUUCCUAUGAUAGGAGCGAAUACUUUUUUCAAUUUUUUAUUUGCUUGUUCUUUGAGGGAAUUGAUAAUAAAAUUAAACGCAUAGUUUGAGAAAAUGAAUACAUUGAAGAGCUGGUUGGAACCACUUUGGAGAAAAUAUGCUUGUGGAAAAAUCUUUUAUAUUUUGGUCGACGUUACUAUUUGUUAUUGUAAAAUUAAUAAUUAUGAAAAAUUUGAAAAAAAAACUCUUGUAGAUACCUGGUCAAUUGUGCAAGGAAGUACACCAUGCCAAAUUUCAAAAUGAUCGGUUUCGUAGAUUUCGAUUGACACUGUUCAUUGGUUCACAAUUUUUUUUCGAAGUGCCUAUGCUACCAUCGAGUUAGUUAUUGAUAUUCGAGUUUUAAAAAUUCAGAAAAUCUUGUUUAUCUACUGUAUUAUGAUGUCACAAUCAAUAAAAUAAAUUUGUAUUAUC